UAUAUAAAACGGACCAUGUGAUACCAGGAUUGAUUAUCUGAUCUGAUUUAUCACGCAGCCCGGUAUCAACUUAAUCCGGGUACCGUAUACCGCGUUUUAGCACCACCCAUGAUAAUCUCCCUUAUUUCUUAUCAAGGAAGUUUAUUACUACUUUCGUUUUUGAAGUCACUUGAAAUACGUUGACUCUCUCUCUCCAAACAGCAACUAUCAAAAUCAUUGGCGACAACCACAUUAUAAAGUAAUGAGAUGUGCACUUAAGAUAUUUGAGUAAAUAUCAAAAAGGACUUGCUUUCAACAGUCAACAAACCACAGGAUGGAUGCAGUUCCAGGGAGAAUCGCGCACGAGGAUACAGGAUCGUCCCAUGACCGCACUUAUUGUCAGCCAUGUGCUGAAGAUGCGAAGAGCAUACUUCCCGAAGCCUUCUAUCCUGUCUGCAAAGAGUUCCUGUGCUCAGCAUGUGCACGAGUUCACAGGAACAUGAAGCUGACAAAGAGCCACGCCCUCCAGGACAAGAGCAGUAUGCCUUCCUCAUUCCGCACCGAUACAGAGGAAGAUGAGUUUAAAGAAACAUGUGAGUGCCAUGCUAAAGAGUUCAUAAAAUACUACUGUCCCAACCAUGAGGCACUUCUGUGUGGUGACUGCGUAGUUGAUAAUGAAGAACAUCAGUCCUGUAAAGUAAAGAAAAUUUCUCAAUUGGCAAAAAGAUACAAAGAGGGUGCAGAAUACAAAAGUCUAACAACAGGUAUAGUGCAGAUGGUUAGUGACAUUGCGAACUUUACAUCGUACAUACAGUCAAGCUUGAACUCAGUUGGCGAGGAAAGUCUUACCAAUAUCAAUGAGCUUCGAAAUUUCAGACAUGAGAUCAACCAGUUAUUGGAUAAGAGGGAGAAAGAGUUACUGGAAGAAAUUAAUCAGAAAAAAAAAGAAAUCCGAGAUGCUGCUAAAUGAAAUGAAAGCAAACUGUCAAGACUUGAAAACUGCCACUGAGAAGCUCAAGGCUGAACUACAAGCCGAGGAGGUCAACAACAACCAGCUGUUCAUAUCUGGAACAAGGGCGAUCAAGGAGUUAGUCGGUUUUCAGUCAUCACUUAAGGACAUCAGGGGAAGAGGAACAGUUCCACACUCCAAAUUCAGCAGGGACCCAGCAACAGAACAACUGCUGUCCUCAAACACAGCUAUUGGCAGAGUGGGCCAGGUUGCGUCAAAUUUUGCAGAAGAAGUGGCGUCAGAUUUGACAGAUCAGCAAAAACAACCACAGGGGCCAGAUAUUUCAGCCCUAAACCAGAGCCGUGCAGACCUAAGCCAGUCCCAGUUUAGCAAGCUGCCUGACGUCCCAGUGCAUACAUCAAGUGAUAUCAGUGGCUGCUGGCUGACCAGUAUGGCCCUCAUACCCGGGGACCGGCUUCUACUGACAGAUUGCGACAAUUACUCAUUGAAGCUGGUGGACACAGAGAAUAAGAAGCUGGUAUCUCAUGUGAUACUGCCAGGUAAGCCUUGUGACCUGUGUCUCCUGCCCGGAGACAGAGCAGCCGUCACUCUGCCUGAUUUGAAUAAGAUACAGUUCGUAUCUACUCAGGGAAAUGUCACACUACAGGAUGUUGUUGAAGUAGAUGGAGAGUGUCGUGGAAUAGAUUUCUGUGAUGACAACUUGAUUGUGUCUUAUGACGACCCAUGUAAGGUUGUGUUGAUGGAUAUGAAGGGAAAUGUGAAGAAGAGUGUGGACAAAGACAGCAGCGGAAACCCUUUGUUUAUAUAUCCUGAGCAUUUGACAGGGACCAGAGGGAGCCAGACUCCUCCGGCGAUAUAUGUCUCGGACUGGGACACCAACACCAUAACCAAGCUGAGCAUCUCACUAGAAGUGCUCCAGACCUAUCACGACCCGAUACUGAAAUCACCACACGGUCUGACAGCUGUGGGAGACAACCAGCUGCUCGUGUGUGGGAAAGGCAAUAACAAUAUCCUGUUACUGGACACGCUCACCGGCAAGAUAACCCAACUGCUGGGGAAGGAAGCGGGGAUAGAGUGUCCAUUCAGUGUGGCUUACUGUCCACUGAGGAAGAUGUUGUUUGUCACCUGCAGUCGUCAUGGCAGACCUGAAUUGGAGAAUUUCGUGAAAGUUUUCAACUUAGUAUAGAUCAAGUCUGCCAAUAAUAUGAGUGAAAUCUGUAUCAGGUGUGAAGUAAUUGUUAUGUUUAAGAAUAAUUAUAAUGUAUACUAUCGUACUGACAAUACUCUGCUUAAUUUACCAUAUCGCGCGAUGCAAUUACUGUGAGAGUUUUUAGCGGAAACUUAACUUUUAAAUUAUGUUGAAUUCUUUCAGUUUUCAUUAGUGAAAAGUCGUGUAGUAAUGUGUUAUAAGACAUGAAUACACGAGUAUGGGAAUGUUUAUUAUUAGUUGAAAUGUAAGUGGCUGAUUGUUUAUGAAUUAUACAAAAAAAAUGGUUUCUUACCACACGAGAGCGAAUGUAGGUAAACAUUGCUAUUAUGUAAUUGAAUGUUCAAGAAUAUAGAGUUAUAUACACAGUUUUGUUUUUUUGUUCAUGCAGUUUGUAUUUAGUACAUAUGAUGUGUUUAAUUGAAAUGUCCGUAUCCUAUACAUGUAUAUUGAUUGAAUAAUUCUAUAGACAUUGA